AAUGGAAGUUUGAUAGGUGUAUUCGUACAGCGUAGCAAUCAACCAUGUUUAUUAUCAUCAGUUUUGUGUUGUGCUAUCAUUUAUUCUAAAAGUACCUAUGCAAAAAUGAUGUUCAGACAACAAUGUUACUUGAUCAUUAUUGCCUAUUUCAGUCAACUCAACCAAUCAUCUACUGUUUCUUCAAUAAUGAAAAUAUCCACUUCACCUGUAGAACUAAGAAGCUCAUCGAUACAUCAUAUACCAUCCGUUGAAAUAGCCAAACCAGUUUCCGAAGCUCCUUCAGUAACAACCGAAACAGUCCAUAAAAUCGCCAAUUCGACCAACACAACAAUGUCACCAACAACGGCUUCAUUGAAUUCUACAGUGACUUCAAUCUCAUCUCCGUUAACAACGAAGGUGUCGCCUCCAGCAAACUUGGAAAUCGACGAUAAGUGUCCCGCACUGAACUUUAUGCCUGAUCUGGAUAUUUUGACACAGGAUGAAUUAUUAUUGACAUUAACCGACAAUUGCAGGUACGACAGGCUCAUCAAACCACCUACACGUGAGCCGUUGGAAGUUUUGUUUCAAUUCGAUAUGAAUCACGUCGAAACCCCAGAUCACUUGCAACUGAAAGCACACAUGUUGGUCCAACUUCUCUACAACGAUAGCAGGCUGGCAUUUUCUCAUCUUUCACCGAACAGGUUAGCUAUUCUAGGCGGAGAAUCACUGAGAGAUCGAAUUUGGGUACCGCACAUCAUAAUUGACAAUGAAAGAGAAUCGAAUGUGAUGGGACUGGACGGCAAGGACGUGUCAGUUCAAAUCAGCCCGAAUGGAGAUGUCAUUUAUUCCUAUAGAAUGAGCACGACAUUCUAUUGUUGGAUGAACUUACAGAAAUUUCCUUUUGAUAAUCAAAUUUGCGAACUCAAAUGGGUUAGCUGGGAUUACAACGUUACGAAUCUGAUUCUGAAAUGGGAACGAACUCGACCAUUUUUGGUGGCGAGCAACCUCCACCUCACAGAAUUCGUUAUGGAGAAAAAGUGGACUGAUGAGACUGUGAUACAGCCAGCAUUCAAUAGGGGAGGUCUAGUUGGAAAUUACAGUUCAGUCGUUUUCAAAUUUCUACUACGGAGAGAAAUUGGUCACUACAUCAUGGACUACUACAUUCCUUCCAUACUUCUCGUUUGUACUUCUUGGGUAACAUUUUGGCUUCAAGCAGACGCAGCACCGCCAAGAGUAACAUUAGGUACCGCCACUAUGCUGUCAUUCAUUACACUCAAUGGAGGACUAUCUAAGAAUCUACCAAAAGUUUCCUACAUUAAAGCCAGUGAAAUUUGGUUUCUUGCAUGUUCUAGCUUCAUAUUUUUCUCGUUAGCAGAGUUCGCAUUUGUAAACGUAAUUUGGCGAAGAAGGAAAAAGGUCGAGCUGAAGAAACAAAACGGCAGAUAUAUACUGAAGGGAGCUUUGACACCUAGUUUAGCCAGGAAACAGAUGAGGAAAGCAGCAUCCAUGAAUACACUUCACAAGGCAAGGUCUUGCUCCAGUUUAGAUAAAGAACAGGAGGAGAAAAAUUCACAAAAUAAUUACUUAACAGUACACAGCUUCCCGAUACCUAAAAUAGCUGCCCUCAGCCAUGAUGAUCUCAUGGGCAGUAAGGGUGAUAGUAUCAUUUCCAUACCAAAUAGUGACAUGCAAACUCCAGAUCACCCUACGUGGACGACUAUGUCUCCACAGGAAGUGGCCAUGUGGAUCGACAAGAAAUCUAGGAUAGUGUUUCCAGUAACUUUUUUAAUUUUCAAUCUGUUUUACUGGUCAUUCGUUUAUGCUCUGUAACAAACAGGCGACACCAUUUUAGAAUCAAGAUGGACAUUUACUGAGAAGCCAGUAUUUUUCUACUGAGUUUUUUUAUACCAAAAAACGUGCCAACGAAUCUCGUAUUUGAUAUAAGGUUAGGGAUUAUGGAAAAAUCAGAAUGGUGAAAUUGACUUUCCAAUUAUUUCACGUUCUAUUAAAUAUUUGAUGGUUAUUUGAAAUAAUAUGUCAACGAAGUCUACCAUUGUAUAUAUAUAUAGAAUAAAUACUAAAAGAUACUACUUUACGAUUGCUAACAACAAUUCAUUUAUUUAUAUAUUCCAUAGUGUUCUUAUCAUACAAUCAUAAUCAUAAGUAUUAUAUCUUAUAAGGAAUUUAAUUUAUUUGGGGUGUUCUUUGACCUGAUACAACUACUUGAUAAUGAACAGAACGUUACAAGAUCCUAUAAGGAUCUUGUAACGUUCCUUAUAGGAUCCUAUAAGGAUCCUAUAAGGAUGUUAUAUUUCUUCCAUAAAUAUCAAAAUUUUUUCACAUUUUGCGAUAAAUGAAACAGAAAAUUCUUAUUGUUCGAAAAGUUCGUGACACAUGAAUGAUAGUUAAUAUUAUUAUGCAUUAGUUAUAAAUGUUUAUACAAACUAACGGAUCUUUCAAAUAAUUCAAUUCAGAAAAUCGUUUUACGAUGCAGAAAAACUCCGAAGUCGUCUCCACAAUUUAAUAUCACUCUCAGAUAUUAGAACGGUAAAACCAUCACUCAGUACAUGUU